GAUUGUCGAUGCCGAUUUUGGUAUCAUUUCAAAGCAAUCGAUUAAUUGAAGCUUCUUCUCUUAUCAAACGGAAAAUGUUCACCAAAUUGAUUAUCGUUGUCUGCAUGGCUACAGCCUAUGCUAACCCUGAGCCAGGACUUCUUGGAGCCCCAUUGACAUAUGGAGCACCGAUUGCGUAUGGAGCGCCCUUGGCCUACGGAGCACCUUUGGCUUAUGGAGCACCGUUAGCUUAUGGAGCACCAGUUGUUGCUCCUAUCGCUCAACAAGGUCUUCUAAGAACAGCUUACUCCCAAGUUGUGGGACGAAGCUACGCACCGACUAUUCUGUCAGCGUCUCCAGCAAUAACUUACGCCGCUCCUGUAGCUGCUCCAAUUACACCAGUUGCCCCACUAGCAGUCUCAAAAGUCCUGGCUCCAGCUCCCAUCCCUGCAGCCGUUGGUCCAGCAAUUGUCUCCUAUGCCCAACCCUUGGCCCCGAGCAUCGUGAAGACUCAAGUGUUCGCCCCAGCAGUGCUCCCAGCAGCCGCCGUUCCAGCUGUGGUGAAAACUCCCGUUGUAACUCCAUUUGCUAGUGCUGCUAUUCCAGUGGCAAACGCAGCUGCUGUGCCUGUUGCUCCAGCAGCCAUUGCUACGGCUAAUGCUGCUGUUCCAGCUGUUCCAGCGGCUCCUGCAGUCGCACCAGUUGCUCCUGUUGCUGCUGCUCCUGUAUCAGCACGGCUUACCGCCUUCCCAGGAGGGGCACCGUUUACGACCUACGGUGUUCCAGCAGCUGCUGCAGCAGCACCCGCAGCCAGCGCGUAAUCAAUUUGUGUUGUGAUAUAUUUUAACCCAGUAGUGGUGUUCAGCUAUUCGAUUGUUUUUAUGAUGCUUUAGCUUUUAAGGUUUUAUACUUAUAGAGAAUUCUUACAUUUAGCUUUUAGUCUUCCUGUACCUUCAGUCAUCAGAAUACAAUUUUAUUUGAAACGAUA